CAAGCGCCACAGGAUAACACGGGCCAGCAGCUGCCUUUUCCCCGCCACGUCGGCUGCCCGACGGCAGCCGGAGCCAUGCCCGCCCCGAAGCUGAGCGCGGCGGACGCCCAGUCCGACGACGACGAGGUGCCCUGGGUGCCCGAGGAUUCGUGUCGGCAGCAGCUCGACGAGUUCUGGAGCAGAGACGCCUUUGGGCUGCGGAAGUACCAGGUGAACUGCCACCCCGUCGAGCCGUUUUCGGAGAAGGACCCGCUCGAGGCAAGGCAGCUCCUGGCGAAGGUGAUGAAGCCGGAGAAGGGCUGGGGCAUCGAGCGGCGACGGGAGCGCAAGAGUCAUUAUCACGACGACGUCUUCGAUAGUGUGAAGCGAUAUGAAAAGUCGUCGCCGUACUGUUUGGCAACGUGCCCGGUCACGGGCCUGACUGGUUUGCAUGCGGCGUGUUUGAACGGCUAUUUGAGCCUGAUCAAGGCCUUCAUCGAGCUGGGCAAGCAGAAUCCAUUAGAUGUGGCGGAGCCGUUGUGUGUGUACUUCGAUGGACUUACCGAGAAAUCAAGAGGAGCUGAUGCUUUAUGGUUGUGUCGGAGGCGGGGCCACAAGGACUGCGUGGACUACCUCAUGUCGAUAGAUGCGGUCAUAAAAAGUGUGGGCCAGGUCAUGCAGUCGGGCCAGGCGGGCCGCGACGCGCGCGCGAAGGCCGAAGCCCUAAGGCGUAGAAGGUUCAUGGAGCAGGCCGACGGCAUGGGUAAGCGCGUGGAAAUCAGGAGGGACGAGGAGCGCCAGCGAGGUCUGAAAAUUAAAAUAGGGAGCCGCGUGAAGAUGGCGAAGACCGGCGCCCCAGCGACGGUGCGCUACGUGGGCCCCGUCGACUACGCGUCGGGGACCUUCGUGGGCCUGGAGUUCGACCCCCCGGACGUCGGCGGACCGGUCUACGGCAAGCACUCGGGCAUCGUCCGUGGGAGGGAGUACUUCGACUGCCCCCCGGGCAUGGGGGUCAUGGUCCAGCCGUCGGAAGUCGUGUCCGAGGAUUUACCUUCACUAAAGCCGCUGCCGCGGGCCCAGACGGCGGAGAUAUCGUAUCUGUGCGACAAGAAGGGGCUCAAGCCUGUGGCCAAGAAGGUAGAGGAGCCUCUGUCAACUGUGACACGGGAAACGACGGAGGUGGAAAAGUUAUCUGAUAGGCAGCGGGCGUCCUUCGAGCGCUUCAAGGAGGAGGAGGAGGCGCGGCGGCGGGCGUCGCUCGGGAAGGACUGA